AUGGACCAGACAACGCCAAACUACACCCUUCCGGGAAUAAUGCAGUACUUGCAGUCUCAAUUCACAAUAGUGGAAAAGAAUAGAAUGACCAACGAGCUGGAAAGGUCUAAUCUCAAGGCGAGAAUUGUUGAACUCGAAGGCGAAAGAAACUCGUUAAAGUUGCUGAACGAGAGACUGAUACUGAAGGUGAGGGAUCUGGAGAAGAAGCUUCAGGUUAACGAACCGGAUACAGUCGAUCAAAUUGAGGACAGUUUGGCAAAUUUACAGCUAGAAACAGUCGAUGUUGCAAAGCUGUUGAGAGCCAGGCAGUUUUUAAAGACUACCACUAGCGAGAUCCUUUAUCUCUUGAACUCUCCUGUUGUUGAAAGUGCUGAUCCUCUGAAUCUGGGAAAGUCAGAACCGCGGUUUAGUGAUUCACCUGCUGUAGAGAGGGAUGUUACUCCGGAAACCAGACCUCUCAGACACCCAGAUCUACCGCCCAGGAGGCUGACUGAACCCACGGUUGACGAUCUCAAGUCCGAGAGUGAUGCGGAAACGAUCACGUCAGAAGAUCCUGUUGAGGUAACCGCAAUUCUGAAUUUUUCGGCCAAAAUACCAGAUAUCACGAUGGUGACAGUCAGCGGUUCAAACAUCAUUGGUGUGUCUCGUUCUAACACCCUUCAAAUUUUUGACGAGAGCUUGACUCCAGUGAAGAGUUUCGUUCUGGACGAUUCAAUAGUUGAAAUUAUCAGUUGCAGGCCCUCCAGGAUUUUGGUAGCAACUCAAUACUCUGUGCUAUUGAUAGAUCUCUCGGAUAUGACGACAACGGUGAUUCAUGUUUCUGGUGAAACGAUAUCGCAUCUGGCUUUCAAGCCAUCGAGCCACGCAGUUUUAAUUGGAAAGCAGAGCACGAUUGAAUUGGCAACUCUAGAUAUCAACACUAAGAGCUUGGAGAAAAAACAUGUUUUGAAUAUCACCUCUUUCAAAGUGACACAGGCAACAGCUUUAAAGUUCUCUGAGGACAUUCCCUUCUUUGAUGUCGUGGCUUUCGGACCGUUUGGACUAUUUCUGCUAAAUUCCAAGACGGAAAAGGACAAACAUGUUUCCUUCAAACAACCAAUAGAUUGUCAGGUGGGUUCUAAGUUUGCUGUGAUGAAACAGAGUGGUUUUUUGACAGUUGUGGAUCUGGUGGAUUCGCAAGAAUCCACCAAUUUUGCUGAGAGUUCAACUAUCACGGGAUUUAUUCUGGACAAUAAUGACGUUCUGGCUAUCCAGAGACCUGCUGGUGUGACGGUCUAUGCUCUCGGUGAGGGUGUAUUGGGCAAAUACACCAAUAUUAAAGGUCAAUGUUUGAAUUGCGACGGAAAUUUACUGGUCUCGUGUACCAAAGACGAAAUUAUGUUGUAUAGUCUGCCUUAA